AUGGGUGAAGCUACUGGUAGCGGCAGUCGAUUGGCUGCGGACGAUGUUGAAGAAAGCAUCUACAGGGUAUUUGAACCAAAAUCUGAACGAAUACCACCUCAACCACGUCAGUUUCUGUCGACCUUUUCAAAAAAAGUCCGUGAAGAUAUGGAAGCAAAAAGAGUGCGCUAUAAACAUCGUACUAUGGGAGUUGCUGAGGUGGAAUUGAAAGAUCCAAAACAUUACUUAAAGCGAGGCGAGGGUGGUAUAUCUUCACAAGCGCCAAGGCGCCCUCACCAGCAUAGUUGUGUGAAGACUGGUAUGCCGCAAUUACCAAAACAAGCGCGUGGAAAACCAAAGAAAAAAGACAGCGAUGCCGCCGCCAAGAAGCGCCUCGUAGAUGACAUCGACUUCUAUAAGGCAAAACCGUACGAUUUCAAUUUUCGUGUGCACAAUAUUAAAAUGGUUAGCAAGCAAAUGACUAGAUAUCCUCCUAUGCGAGUUGCUCACACUAGAAAAGGAGACACAUUUUCUCUUAUGGGCUCUGGGCUAUUCCCAACGUAUGUGUACAGUGAGAAAUACGGUAAAGUACCUACAUACAUAGUGAAAAGGGCUGAGGAAAUGGCAUUGGCGAAACAGGCAUCAUUGGACGCAGAGGCAAAUAAGCAACCCAAGUGCAGAUAUAUCACUCAACACGAAAGAUUAGAACUUUUAGAAGGAUUGAAGGCCAAUUGGGAACAAGUGACAAGUGUGUACAACAAGCAGAGUGUACUGAUCGACAACGCGUCUAAGGUCGCUAGAAAGGCUCGCCUUGAGAGCGAAUUGGUUCGUCUGGAGAAGGACAUUCUGUCACUCGAAGGACAUCCUUAUAUCUAUGUCCAUCGCGACUAA